AAAGUCUAUCUCAUCACUGGGUGCUCCUCAGGCCUCGGUUACGAAAUAGCCAUCACGGCCCUCAAAGCAGGACACAAAGUCAUCGCCACCUCUCGCAACCCGUCCAAAACCCCCGACAAAGUCCAACAAAUCACCAACCUCGGUGGCCAGUGGGCAGCUCUCAACGUCUCCUCUCCCACUCUCGAAGCCCAGUUCCACAACACCAUCCUCCCUCUCCUCCCCAACGGCCGUCUCGACACCCUCAUCAACAACGCCGGCAUCGCAGUCGGUUCCGUCGUCGAGGACAUCCAUAUGGACGCCGCCCGGGACAUCCUCGAGACCAACUUCUGGGGCACGAUGCGCCUCUCGCGCCUCGCCGUGCCUAUUAUGAGGGCCAAAGGCGGCGGUGGCAAUAUCGUCAACAUCUCCAGCUCAAACGCGCUCCUUCCCCUGCCGAUGCUGUCUAUCUACGCAGCCUCCAAGAGUGCGAUCGACAGCUUCUCGCUGUCGCUGGCAGGCGAGGUCGCGCAGUUCGGGAUUCGUGUGAUGGUGGUGAGCCCAGCGGGUAUGCGGACGUCAUUUGUCCAGAACGGCGAGGACCAGAGCCAGGCGGGGAAGGACCUGCGAGAGGAGUACAAGGGGACGAGCGUGGAAGCUGUCAUGCAUGCUAUUACGGAUCUCGGGAAUUUCAAGGUUGAUCCAGUGAGGGCGGCAGCGGUGAUUGUGGCUGCUAUCGAUGGGACAGGUGUGUUUGAGGGGGUGCCAAAGGACUUCUUCAGACUGCCCAUUGGGGCUCAGAGUAUAGAUGCGCUAGAGAUGAGAAUUGGGGAGCUGAAGGGGUGUCUUGAAGGACUGUCUGCUGUGGCUAACAGUGUUGAC